AUGACGUGUGAUACUACGGCUAAAUUAAAUGGUAAAGUGAUUGUGGUGACUGGUGGAAGCUCAGGAAUGGGCUUCGAAGCUGCUAAAAAUCUAGCAAGUCGUGGAGCCCGAGUCAUUAUCGCGAGCAGAAACGAAACCAAACUGAAAGCAGCCCAACACCAUAUCAUAGAAACAACCGGUAAUCACAAUGUUGCAUACAAAACUGUUGAUUUGGGAUCUCUUAAAUCAGUGAGGAAUUUGGCGAGUGAAUUGAAUGCUGAAGAUCAAAUAAAUGUGUUGAUUAACAACGCAGGAGCAGUAGGACUUCCAGACAAACUGACAGCUGAUGACUUAAAUCUUACAAUGCAAGUGAAUUACUUUGGGGCGUUCUUGCUUACGUUCCUAUUGCUGCCUAAGUUGAAAGCGUCAGCUCCGAGUAGGAUCGUAAACGGUAUUGGAGGAGCAAUGUAUUUUGGUGAAAUAAAUUUUGAUCACUGGAAUGACAUUGGACGAUAUGAUAUAAUAACGGCAUUGGGGAGUUCGAAAUUGGCAGUUGCUUUGUUUAAUGCGGAGCUGGACAGAAGGCUACAGCAUACAGGAGUGACUGCAAAUGCUUACGAUCCUUUUGUGGUGCGAGACACGAGCAUAUUGGCUAAUAUUCCGGGGGUUAUUCAGCAUGUUUCCAAAUUCUUUAUAAACAUAAUUGGACAGAGGAAAGAGGACGUUGGUCGUGAGAUAGCAUACCUACCGGCUGCACCAGAGUUGGAAGGGGUCAGUGGGAAUCUGUACAAAUUCUGUCAUCAGUUCAAGAAUCAUUAG